CUGCAGCGUCGACGGCAGUGGGGGGCUGUGUUCGUGGUGUUGCGGGGGACGUUGUGGUGCCUGCGGCGCAGCUUGCCUUCUUCCCGGCUCCCCACCGCUCUGCAGCCAUGGCCUGGCAGCCUAUGGAGAUCAACCCUGAGAUGCUGAACAAAGUGCUGUCCCGCCUGGGGGUGGGUCCCGGCUGGCGCUUCGUGGACGUGUUGGGCUUUGAGGAAGAGGCGCUGGGCGCUGUGCCAGCCCCUGCCUGUGCACUGCUGUUGCUGUUCCCUCUCACCGAGCAGCAUGAGAACUUCAGGAAACAACAGACUGAGAAAAUAAAGGACCAAGAAAUCAGUUCCAAGGUGUAUUUCCUGAAGCAGACAGUCAGUAACUCCUGUGGCACAAUUGGUCUGAUACAUGCAGUUGCUAAUAAUAAAGACAAACUGAAGCUUGAUGAGGGGUCUGCCCUGAAGAAGUUUCUUGACGAAACAGCUGAUCUGUCUCCUGAAGAGAGAGCUAAGCAUUUUGCAAAUAAUAAGGCUAUACAAGAAGUUCACAAUUCGGUUGCACAAGAAGGACAAUGUCGGGUUGAAGACAACAGUGUGAACUUCCACUUCAUCCUGUUUGUCAAUGUGGAUGGGCACCUGUAUGAAUUGGAUGGGCGUAUGCCAUUUCCUGUGAACCAUGGCACAACCUCGGAUGACCUGCUGUUGAAGGAUUCUGCUAAGAUCUGCAGACAAUUUACAGAACGUGAAAAAGGAGAAGUUCGUUUUUCUGCUGUGGCUUUCUGCAAAUCUGCCUGAGACUCUGAAGAGAUGCAAGGAAAGCAGUCUAAUAGCACACCAGUAAAUGCAGUCUAAACUCCAGUGCUUCAGUACUUGUUAAACACAGCUGUUCUGGUAACUUAAAUUGUUUCCACCUUUUGCUAUACACAGGAGCAACAUCAGCAGAGCUUAUGCUAAGGAUGAGCUCAAGUUUUAAUGUGAACAGUUUGGACACAUCAGAUGUCUUUAGACUCUUUUUUCACAUGUUAAGUAGAAAAUGCUUAACAGGGCUUGUUUAAUCUGUGUCAUGUUAUUUGAGCUGUUGAUUGAUAUUUCCUUGUCCUUAAUGAGAAUAAAAUAUUCUGUUGGAAGACUGAAUGGACUAAAGUGAUCACUAACUUUCAUCAAAAGGAGUUAAGUAUGGCAUCCUAUAUAAACCUUGCUUUCAAAGAACCCUCAAAGCUCUACUCUGAGCAAAAAGCUAAUGUCAGCAUCAGGUUAGCAGGAUGAUUGCUUUUUCUAGUGUCCUGAAGGCCGGAGGAUGGAGAGGUGUACCACUGUCUGCAUAACACGUUCCAGUGCUACACUACCCUUCUGGUAAAGCUUUUCCUAAUGUCCAGUCCGUGACUCUUAAGCUGCAAUCUGCAACCCUGAGGACACUUAUUUUAGAGGGGUAAUGUGUGACUGAUAAAUACUCAAAUGUCACCUUGAAGCUGUCUGCUCUUGGAGGCCACUUGUAUUAAUGCUACAAGCAACAGAAUACCCACCCAAUUGGUUGGUGUUGUUUCCUUGUAGGAGACAGUAUUGGAAGGGGGUUUUUCCCUACCUGUGGUUAAAAGAAAUCUGCCAGCUAAUGCUGAACACAAUCCUUGGCUAGCCAGUAUAUGCUUAUUAACUUGUGAUUGUGUUAGGAAGGCCUUGAAAGAGGCUAGACUAUCCGACCCUUCCAAAAUUACCUAAAAAGAGAAACCCACACUCCAUGUAUUUUUUUUUUACUAGCAGGAUGACAUUUUGGGUUCAAGGGGAAGGAAGAUACUUAAUAUACUUUACAUAUUCCUUGGCCUCAACUCUGUGACCUUCUGUGGAAGCUAUUUUUACCUGAGUCUAGUGGCUGUUAAUCUGCAGCUCCUUGCUGGUACCUUGGGUAGCUGUAAGAAGGGGUAAAACACCCUUCAACUGGGGCCUUUCUUCUAAUGCAUUAUGUCCCAGCCUGUGCCUGUCAGCUGUGUUGUAUGGUGCUGUGUAACAUGUUUCUAGGUGGUAGUGGGUGUUCGGUGUAUGCUGCAAACUGUUCCUG